AUGAAUUACACUGCGGCCCGCAAGCUGCAGGAGAGGAGGCAACGGAGAGAAGAGAAGAGGAGAGCACUCUCGCUAGUGUACGCACAACUUCAGGCAAUAAUAGAAGCUGGCCGUGGUAGUAAAGAUGAUGAAGAUGAGGAGGCAUCAGAAGCGCCAAGCGUGUCCAUGCAGCAGAACAACAUUGUUCUGACGGCCACCACCAACGUGACGGGUGGACUUGGCCGACCUACGGCGUCCGCUAUGAGGAGGUACACCAACAAAGACCGCCGCCUCCCGACAAUUUUCCAGGAGCAGCGGCAGACCACCCACAACAUUGACCUGUUGUGUACUGAACUCAAGGGCCAAAUAUCAAAGAUGGAGGGGGAGUUUGGCCGCCGUCGCAGGGCGCUUCAGGGCUCUCCGCUCGGUGACGUUCGAAACCGAUUGGUAUCAAGAUCCAGGACACCUCUUACAACUACACAGCUGCAGAAAUACAAAGGAAGAAGCGAUUCGCCUCAGGAUGGGGAUGUUAGUGGUGGCGAAGGUAAUGACGGUAACAGUGGAGGAGUUGAGACCGGACCCCGACGCGGUGAUAUUGAGCGCGUGCGUGUUGCUGCUGCAGAUGAGGGUUUACGAGAUGAUCAGUCCGUCUCUGAUUACGCUGCGGAACCCGACAUCCCAAUGUACUCUCCGGGGCGUACCCUCCGUGACGAGGUGGAGGCGAUGGAUGAUUCCAUCAAGAAGGUGAGCCAAUGCAUGGCCUCCAUGAUGUUAUUAGAGGAGAUGGACUCAGGCAACCCCUGGUGGGAAUCUGCUAUGCUUGUCCGAGAGAUGAAGGCGUGCAACAUUCGUGCAAAUUAUCAUGUUCGUUGCGUGUUGAAGUGGAUCGUUCGUGCGCAGGAACACUUUCUUCUGGAGGCAGUCUCUAAGAAUAGCCAAUCGGCUCGUUGUAGCGAAGAGAUGGUGUAUAUGCGCGAGCAGGUGGGCCUAUUUUCCCAGCGAAUCGAACAGAGUAGGAAACUUCUGACGGAGGUGGAGGCUGAAAUUGCGAACUUAAAAAGUUCCCUCAAUGAGGCUACUGUGAUGCGGAAUGAGCUACUAGAACAAUUGUUGAAGGAGGCCUGCGAGUCUAAUAUGUUACCGCCGGGAUCCACAAAUCUGCAGUCCGCGGAAUUGGUGAUGCUAUUGGAGUAUGUUAUGUGGCCAGUAUCUCUGCUCUCAGAUGUGGAACGUGUCAAGGCUUGGGUUCAAUCUCAGGACACUCAGUUGGAUGUAUAG